AAUCAGGAGUAAGGGGCCGGGCUCAGGAGCAGCACACAUGAGUUGUCAAACAGGUUUGUCUUGUGCUGUUAAGUGGUUUCAAACACAUUCUCCUCAACAAGACGCUACCGUGUGUUCGCUGGGCCGCAACAGGAGAGAGGUUCUGGAGCCCAGCGGGAUCUGUCGAGGAAGUCCGAAUGUCAAGGACCUAGAGGUCAGCUGAGAUGCUGAGCUUACAUGCGUUCGGAGAUGGAGCAGUGGUGGUCGUGAGACACACGUACCGAGGCACAGACAGAGGAUAACGGCGAAGUGUUCCAGAAAAAACGCAGCAGAAGGACGAGUUCCACUGACAAAAUGCCCAUGGAGACACUGCAACACACGACGAGGCAACCGACAAGGCCGGCGGUUGCUACUGCACCCCCACGCUUGAAGCCCAAGGGUCCGGUGGGGCCGGACUUCUACCGGCAGAGCACGACAGCGGCAGGCCGGCCAAAGCAGAGCGCUGUGGAGAGGCUGGAGGCAGACAAGGCUAAAUACGUCAAGAGCCAGGUGGCUCUGUCCAAGCAGCAGCCGGUCAGGCGUCCUGAAGCGAGGAAGCCUCCGGUAAACGCCGGCACACCUCUGCAGCCCACCAGGAAGACCCCGACCCAAACGAACACGAAGCAGGAUGGAGUCCAGCUGGACUUGGAGCAUCUCAGUAACCUCAUCAGCAAUGUGAGCGAGGGACCCCAGCCCAGUGCGGCUGUGAGAUCAGAGGAAAGUAAAACCUCUGCUCCUCCUUCGCACAACUCUCCCUGCACGACUCCUGCAGGGGCACAGCAGAAAAAGGAGAGGCCAUGUCCGCCUCCGCGUCCCGUGUUAUCCACUGCCGCUAAGGUGAGAUUAAAAGGUCUUGCCAAGGCAGAGGGUUCAGGCUCCCCUGGGUGCCCCACUGCCGGGACGGUACGCAGAGUGGACGUCAUGCCUCAGGCCAGCCCUUCGAGGACCGCCGGCAGACCACCUCACAGCAUCCGGCAGCCCCUCCAGCCUGUUCCUUUACAUUCCCAGUUACUGCUCCGCCCGGCUGCUGCACACCUGCGACAGUUCUACACUAGAACAAUGCCGGGGUCUUUCCCUCUGAAACCGGUUGUUGCGCCAUCGAAACCUGAAAACCCUCCCUCCUCUCCGGCUGAAUCCCCGCUCCCUACUUCACCUCCCCUCACCCUCCCUGCUCUUCCUCCCCCGUCCCCAGCAAUAACCCGUCUGUCUUCCUCCAGCUCCAGGAAACGCCCCUCUUUGACCCGGUCUAAGUCAGACAUGAGUGACCGGUUCUCCCGUGCAGGGACAGAGCUGGAACGCUUCUUCAACCUGUGCGGCCUGGACCCUGCAGACCUGCAGGAGCUGACUGGAUCCAGCUCUGACAUCGUGUCCCUGGCCCGGUUUCGCAGCGUGAGCGCUCCAGGGUCCGAGUGUGCGGGUUCUGGCAGGGAGGACGAAGACGAUGAGGAUGAGGCUGCUGGCAAAGCUGCAGAUCGCGUUCCCUACGGCGUAUCUGUCAUCGAGAGAAAUGCAAGAGUGAUCAAGUGGCUGUACGGACUCAGGCAGGACAAGGACAAUGCGACCAAGAGCACCAAUUUAUAGGGUGAUCUUAAAUAGAUCUUUGAAUCAGAAGUAAGUGUCCAAACUUCUCAACACAAACUUGGAACGUGCGUGAAGUCAACGGAUCCCAUUGUUUAACUGGAAAUCUGUGACAUGUGGAUGAAGUUUGUCUGCCAAGUUCACUCUCAACUUGUUCUUUUUGUUUUGAAUGUUUAAAACUUGGAAAUACCAUGUUUACCAUGGAAAUCUUUCUUUCUUUUAUUAUGUUGACUUUUGUUAAUCUUAAUACUGUCCUACUUUGAAGAGACAUCAAGAAAUCAUCGUGCUGUAAUUGGGUGGCAUCAGAGACUAAACGGGGCAGUCGUCUAGUUGAUGGGUUAUAAAGACCUGCACCAAAGAAAAGACUUAUUUCUUGCAUCAGGUUGUUACUGUACACUCAUCUGAAAAUUCCAUUACUGCAAAUUUGUUAGGUUUAUUACUACGGGUUUACAAUUUCUAAACAAAUUUCUGCAACUCAGCAUAUCUGUCAGUCAGUCAGUCAAUGUGCAUUGCCUUUUUUGUUUUGUUUUUUUGGACAAGGGAACAUUUGAUCCUCUAUUCACUAAAAUAAAAUGAAAGAACUGA